AGUGGGGCAAGUACCCACUACAUUCCGAGAUAAAACUGUCAAGAAAAAAUAUUUUAGCGCACAUUACUGCUCCUGCUGGACUGGAGUGGGACUGUAUCACCCGACACUUGAUGACUUGUUCAAUCAACUGGGUCGGACGGUAAACCAUUCUAGUUCAUUUUAGGCAUCGUUUUAGAUACCGCUCUUGUACUGGAUCUCAUUUAUUUACUGACCAUGUUUUGUUGCCUGCCUUAAAUGAAUACGCUUUUCCAAAACGAGCCAGCAAUGGUUCCUUAACUUCCUCCCGUCACUCCAUUUGAGUACAUGAUCCUCGCCACCAUCAUCGCCAACUGUAUCGUCCUGGCUCUCGAGCAACACCUACCCGGAGAGGACAAAACACCAAUGUCAAAGAGACUGGAGAAGACUGAGCCUUACUUCAUUGGAAUGUUCUGUUUGGAGGCGGGAAUCAAGAUCAUCGCCCUGGGCUUCGUAUUCCAUAAAGGCUCCUACCUUCGGAAUGGGUGGAACGUCAUGGAUUUCAUUGUGGUGCUCAGUGGGAUUCUGGCUGCAGCAGGUGCUCAUAUGAACAUCUCUGUAGAUCUGAGGACUCUGAGGGCGGUGCGAGUGCUGCGACCACUCAAACUGGUUUCGGGCAUCCCUAGUCUGCAGAUAGUCCUGAAGUCCAUAAUGAAGGCCAUGGUUCCCCUGCUCCAGAUCGGCCUGCUUCUCUUUUUUGCGAUCCUCAUGUUCGCCAUCAUCGGCUUGGAGUUUUACAGCGGCAAACUGCACCACACCUGCACCCCGCAGCCUGGAAUACUCGAAAAUGAGACGGUGGAUUCUUCUGAAUAUGAGUUCCCAUGUGGUGUGCGCCAGUGUCCGGCCAAAUACACCUGCAGCGACAUGUGGAUAGGCCCCAAUGAUGGCAUCACGCAAUUUGACAACAUCCUGUUUGCUGUUCUCACUGUCUUCCAGUGCAUCACCAUGGAGGGAUGGACCACUGUGCUCUACAAUGCCGACGAUGCCUUGGGUCCCAGUUGGAACUGGCUCUACUUCAUCCCGCUCAUCAUCAUAGGUUCCUUCUUUGUCUUGAACUUGGUGCUGGGAGUCCUCUCUGGUGAGUUUGCCAAAGAGAGGGAGAGGGUGGAGAACCGCAGGGCCUUCAUGAAAUUGAGACGCCAGCAGCAGAUUGAGCGAGAGCUCAAUGGUUACCGGGCCUGGAUCGACAGAGCAGAGGAGGUAAUGCUUGCAGAGGAAAAUAAAAAUCCUGGACCCUCUGCCCUGGAUGCUCUCAGGAGGCUCCCUGAGUGGAGCGCAGGCGGCGCUUAUGUGCUGAAGAGAGCCACCACUAUAAAAAAGAGAGGCAUGGAGUCGCCCCAUCGGGGUCCAGCAGAGGAGCAAUAUGGGGAAAUUUCCUCUGUGGGCAUCCCCAUGGCUAGAGAAAGCUUCAGGAGCGGCAGGCGAGGACCAGCGGUGUAUUUCCGCCGCAAGGAACGUCUCCUGCGCAUCUCCAUCCGCCGCGUGGUGAAGACGCACACCUUCUACUGGACGGUGCUGAGCCUGGUGGCUCUCAACACGCUAUGUGUGGCUAUCGUUCACCACAACCAGCCGCUCUGGCUGUCCAAUUUUCUGUACUAUGCAGAGUUCUUGUUCCUUGCUCUGUUCCUGACUGAGAUGUUCCUGAAGAUGUACAGCUUGGGCCCCCGCCUCUACUUCCACUCCUCAUUUAACUGCUUCGACUGCAGCGUGAUUGUUGGCAGCAUCUUUGAAGUGCUUUGGGGUGUGUUCAGGCCGGGCACUUCCUUUGGCAUCAGCGUACUGCGUGCUCUUCGUCUGCUAAGGAUCUUUAAAAUCACUAAGUACUGGGCGUCUCUGAGGAACCUGGUGGUGUCGCUGAUGAAUUCCAUGAAGUCCAUUAUCUCCCUCAUCUUCCUCCUUUUCCUCUUCAUUGUCGUCUUUGCUCUCCUGGGCAUGCAACUCUUCGGUGGCAGGUUCAUCUUUGAGGACUACACUCCCACAAACUUUGAUACUUUCCCGGCAGCCAUCAUGACUGUCUUCCAGAUCCUGACUGGCGAGGACUGGAAUGAGGUGAUGUACGACGGUAUUCGCUCUCAAGGCGGAGUCAAGUCUGGCAUGUGGUCUUCGAUAUACUUCAUCGUUCUGACCUUGUUUGGGAACUACACUCUGCUGAAUGUCUUCUUGGCUAUUGCUGUGGACAACCUGGCUAAUGCACAAGAGCUGACUAAAGACGAGGAGGAAGCCGAGGCUGCUUUCAACCAAAAGCAUGCGCUCCAGAAGGCGAAGGAGGUCGGCCCACUCUCCUCCUUCAUGUCUUCAGAAGGAAGCCGUAGGAGGCGUCCCUACCUGUACAGAAAAAGAGCCAUCCACCGCAGCCGUCCUACCUACUCCCGUUCCCCGGAGGAGGCAAAGGGCAGCCUCAAGGAGGUCCGCCCUCUCCCGCAACUCAACCCGUCUAACUCUUUCAUGUCCAGGCGAGAAAGGAGAAAGAGGAUGACCAUGUCCGUGUGGGAGCAGAGGACCAGUCAGCUGCGGAGACACCGCCAGAUGUCCAGCCGGGAGAUUUUGUUCAGCGGUCCCAACGAGGAGAAGGACGGAGCUGCUGCAUCGGCCCAGUCUCAACCGGGUCGUCCGCAGUCCCUGCACCGCAAGGCUAUGCAGAGCACUCCACCAGAGGCUGUGAGAUGCCAGGCGGACCCCCUUGCAGAUCACUUGACAUCACCAACCAAGAACCAGACCUCCACGGAGAUAUCUUUAGAAGCUGUUCUCUCCGGUGUCAUUCCCGAACCCCCCAUGUCAGCGCCACCCGCAGAGAUAUUGGACCCUUUGAGUCUCAUCCCCGAGAAUCCCCCUGAGUCCAUACCAGAGCCCAGCCUUGACGUUGACGACAUUCACAAUAUGAUCGGCGAGCGAAGGAGCCCCAGAUUGAACGGUGAUCGUCAGCACAGGGCUGUAAAGAAGUUCAGACCGCCGGACGACGGUGAUGCCAGCGGGAUCAGGGGCAGGAAAGCAUUGGGUAGUCGUCAGAACGGGGCUAGGAGUCAGGGAUCAUCUGCUCGGAAAGGAAACCAGUCGGCGAGUCGCUCGGUUAGCCGGGAGAGGAGCGUGGAGAGGAACAGGGUUCCAACAACAGUCGAGGAGAAAAUGGCGGAGAGCGAAAAGAGAGAGGAACCCAAUCCUGACGAGAACAGACAUGGUGAGCAAAAUGAGCGAGAGGACACUGUGCACCCAGACAGCCAUGCGGGUGUUCAAAAGCAGGCCGAGCUCCCUCAGGAAGAAGAAACGUGUCCACUUGCUUUAGAGGAGAGCAACCAAGAAGACUUGGAUAAAUCUCAACUCAGCUCCAGCGUGAUCGUGGAGAUGCCCGACAUGGAGGCAUCGAUGGAGUUGUCUACUAUCACUGUGAAUAGCAAGGACCCUGAAAUCUCCAAAUCUGAAAAGGAGGAGAUCGACGACAUCAAAGCAGUCAACAAUGUGACACCUGACAGCAUGUUCAUCUUCAAACCGGACAACCCGGUGCGACGAGCGUGUCACUACGUGGUGAACCUCAGGUACUUUGAAAUGUCCAUCCUGCUGGUUAUUGCCGCAAGUAGCAUCGCACUUGCUGCUGAGGACCCUGUCGCCACCACCUCAGACUGGAAUAAGGUUCUGCGAUAUUUUGACUACGUGUUCACUGGCGUCUUCACCUUUGAAAUGAUUAUUAAGAUGAUCGACCAGGGUUUGAUCCUCCAUGACGGCUCGUACUUCCGAGACCUGUGGAACAUCCUGGACUUCAUCGUGGUCGUGGGAGCUCUGGUGGCCUUCGCCCUCACCAAUGUGAUGGGAAACAACAAAGGAAGAGACAUUAAAACCAUCAAAUCGCUGAGAGUCUUACGUGUACUCAGACCCUUGAAGACCAUCAAGAGGCUUCCUAAACUCAAGGCAGUGUUCGACUGCGUGGUGACAUCCCUGAAAAACGUCUUCAACAUCCUGAUUGUGUACAAGCUCUUCAUGUUCAUUUUUGCUGUCAUCGCCGUGCAGCUCUUCAAGGGGAAGUUCUUCUACUGCAACGACAGCUCCAAGGACACAGAGAAGGACUGCCAAGGUUACUAUAUAGACUACGGGAAGGACAAGAAAGAGGUGAAGAAACGGGACUGGAAAAGACACGAGUUCCACUACGACAACAUUGUCUGGGCUCUUUUGACUCUCUUCACCGUGUCCACUGGGGAGGGCUGGCCGCAGGUCCUACAGCACUCGGUGGACGUGACUGAGGAGGACAGGGGCCCGAGCCACGGCAACAGGAUGGAGAUGUCCAUCUUCUACGUCAUCUAUUUUGUGGUCUUUCCUUUCUUCUUUGUCAACAUCUUUGUGGCCCUCAUCAUCAUCACCUUCCAGGAGCAGGGAGAUAAGAUGAUGGAAGAGUGCAGCCUGGAGAAGAAUGAGAGGGCGUGCAUCGACUUUGCCAUCAGUGCCAAGCCGCUGACUCGUUACAUGCCUCAGAGCCGGCACACGUUCCAGUACCGUCUGUGGCAUUUUGUGGUCUCGCCGUCUUUUGAGUACACCGUUCUGGCCAUGAUCGCUCUCAACACCAUCGUACUCAUGAUGAAGUAUUAUUCAGCCCCGCCCGGAGCCCCGACCGCCUACGAAGCUGUCCUGAAGCAUCUAAACACAGCCUUCACCGUUCUUUUCUCCAUUGAGUGCGUCCUCAAGAUAAUGGCAUUUGGCUUUCUGAAUUACUUUCGAGACACGUGGAACAUUUUUGACUUCAUCACCGUACUCGGCAGCAUCACUGAGAUAGUAGUAGACUUGCAGUUCGUGGAUACGUUCAACAUGAGUUUCUUGAAGUUGUUCCGAGCGGCACGUCUGAUCAAGCUGCUGAGACAAGGCUACACCAUCCGGAUCCUUCUGUGGACAUUUGUGCAGUCCUUCAAAGCUUUGCCUUACGUUUGCCUGCUCAUCGCCAUGCUCUUCUUCAUUUACGCCAUCAUUGGAAUGCAGGUGUUUGGCAACAUUAAGCUGAAUGAGGAGACGCACAUUAACCGGCACAAUAACUUCAAGAGCUUCUCUGGCGCGUUGAUGCUGCUCUUCAGGAGUGCCACGGGGGAGUCAUGGCAGGAAAUCAUGUUGUCCUGUCUGGGUGGGCAGCGGUGUGAGGCGGACCCCUCCAAUCCCUUACCUGUACUUAACACCGAGCAGGAGGGAGGCUGCGGCUCAGAUUUUGCUUACUUCUACUUUGUGUCCUUUAUCUUCUUUAGCUCCUUCCUGAUGCUGAACUUGUUUGUGGCUGUGAUCAUGGAUAAUUUUGAGUACCUGACUCGAGACUCCUCCAUCCUGGGCCCCCAUCACUUGGACGAGUUUGUCCGAAUUUGGGGGGAGUACGAUCGGGCUGCCUGUGGUAGGAUCCACUAUAAGGAGAUGUACAAAGUUGUGCACUCUAUCUCACCUCCACUGGGAUUUGGGAAGAACUGCCCCCACAGGGUGGCAUGCAAGAGACUCGUCCUGAUGAACAUGCCAGUGGACGAGGACAUGUCCGUCCACUUCACAUCCACCCUCAUGGCCCUCAUCCGUACCGCCCUGGAAGUCAAGCUAGCUGGAGCAGGAGAGAAUCGAAACCAGAUGGACUUGGACCUUCAGAAGGAAAUCGGUGUCAUCUGGCCUCACCUCUCUCAGAAAAUGCUGGACCUUCUGGUUCCUAUUAACAAAGCUAGUGACAUGACCAUAGGAAAGAUCUACGCGGCCAUGAUGAUCAUGGACUACUACAAGCAGAGCAAGGCCAAGAAGCUCCGACAGCAGCUGGAGGAACAAAAACACGCUCCAAUGUUCCAGCGGAUGGAUGCUUCCUCCUUGCCCCAGGAGAUCAUAUGCAAUGCCAAAUCACUCUCCUUCCUUAGCCACAGUGCAGGACCAGCUCUCACCAAAGGGGGCUUUGUGGCCCUCAGCCCUAUCUCCCCGCAAGAUGUGUUCCUGCAACCACAAUCUCGUUCCGGAGAGGAAGAGGAGAAUGAUGAUUACUACCCACCUUACCACCGUUAUCACUUCCCUUAUCACCAUCACCACCACUAUUUAGACACACUGGUCCCCGAUGUCGUCGAAUAUAACCAAGUCACACAACAAUCAAGGCAAGAGCCAAUAGUCUUCAGGUCACCUCAGCGCACGUCAUCCAUCAGAGCGUCCUCUAUGCCCAGACUGGCUGUGGAACCACAGCCUGGAAUGGCAGCUGACAGAAAGCUGAUGAAGCGCUCCUUUUCCACCAUUGGAGACCAGUGUGUGAAUCGCCUGUGGCAAGAGCAACAUUCCCUGCAGAGAGUCAGCCCCGACAACACGUUCAGACUUCGACAGAAGAGCUACAGAGGCUCAAUCAAUCAAAGUAGUCAUGAGAGGGGGCGGUCUAAAGAACGGCGCCACCUACUGUCUCCAGACGUGUCCCGCUGUAACUCUGAAGAGCGAAGCCGAGACCCAUCGUGCGAGAGGAGACGCUCCCUCUCGCCCAAAGAAGGAUGCCCACAGUCCUUGCAGAGACAGGUCAACACAACAGGCUGCCCCGCCCAUUCGGCCUCUGAGUCCGGCACCCCUCGUAAUCGGCGCCAACUCCCGCAGACACCCUCCCGCCCUCGUCCUCACAUCUCGUACUCCCCCCUAGUGUGCCGAGACCACCCCCCCAGUGCACCACCGGCCUCCUCCGCGGGACGCUCCCCGCAUUCAGACGGCCCGGCUCCCUCCAAGCAGGCCAAGUCCUCCUCAUGUCAGGCGUCCGGCCCGAGCCAUCCGUCUCCCCACCGUUACAUCUCAGAGCCCUACCUGCCAUUUCACGAGGACCCCAGGGGAGGCCAAGCCGGCGAGAGGCAAGAACACCUGACUUUUGAGACCGCUGUGGCGACCAGCUUGGGACGUGCCAACGCCAUCAGCUCAGCCCCUCAACUCAGACACUCCUGGCAGGUCCCCAAUGGACAUUUCCAAAAGAACUUGGCACAAGCUAGCCCAGACGGCGAGCUGCUGAGUGACACAGACGAUGAUGACCGCUGCUAAAAUAAGCAGGAAGUCCAUGUACAGGAGGAACGGAUCUCGUAGUAACGCCGCCACUUGCCUCGAACCGCUUCAUGACAUCUUCCCUCAUCACUAACCACCACUGCCGUAUCAGAAUUGUUUGCUGUCUAUCUCUGCUCGCUGUGUGUUCUUGCUGUGCCUAGAUCAGGUGGGUCCAAUUUCGUUCAAUCACUGGGCUGGUUUUAAUGGUGAAAUCUAAAGGAAGACCGUACAUUCAGUACCUGGGCCUUCAGUAUAUAGUGGAACCUCGAUUUAACAGACCUUCAAACCAACAGAUCCCGGAUUCAACAAACAUAAAAUAGUGGCCAGUCCAUUCAAGAUGGACAGUACCUUUCAAAUCUGUUCCAGAAUUGGCCGCAAUUCUCAGCAAUGCCAGUAAACAGCGCUGUGGCGCCAUCGACAGACAGAGACUGGUCACAUGCUGCUCUCUCGUCAUUGAUGAAUAGACUUUAUAGUAGACGAGAGCAAGCUAAAAAAAAAAAACAAGUGGAUAGUAAUCCAUGUAAGAGGCCAAAUUUCUACGACUGGAUCACCAAUUCUGUUCAUCAACUGUUAAGGUAAUUUCGGGAAGGUCCCGGUUGAAGUAGCACUCCACUUUGUAAAGUAUUUAGGUAGUCAGGAACUAUUGAUUUUUUUUAAUCAUUUUGUUUGCAAUCAUUGCAGAAAAUCCCAGUUGACAAUGAUUUGUUGAUGGAAAUAUAAGCACGCUAAUGAAGACUUCAUUGCCUCAUUUGUAAGCCUGUCAUCACAUAUUACACACAGAUGUCUGAGAUCACCUGUUGCGAUAAAUCUUUAUUUUGUGCUCAAUUUUCUGUGACCGUAUCAUGUGACGGAGAUGAAUGAAGUGUGCAGAGGCACAGGUGGAUCCACCUGAUUUUCAAAAUGAAACUGCUUUCAGUUGACCAAUUAAAAAAACUCUCUGAAGGUACCAAAUUGGUACUUUCAGAGAGUUGCCGACUGCUGCUUUGGAAUGAGGUCGCAGUGAAGCAUCUGCUCGAGUUCAUUCCGGACCAAUUUUGCCAGAAUGAAACUGAUGGUGGCCCGGCGGGAUUGUGAGUAGCACUUCUGCCUCACAGUACUGUAUUGAGGUCCGAAAUCAAAUCUCUCUUCUAGCCUUCCUUGUAGCAUUUGCAUCUUCUUCCUUGAAACCAAUCAUUUUACAUUCAUUGAAGACUCAAAAUUGCAUGUAGGUGUGAGUGUGCAUGGUUGUUUGUCUAUCAGUGCCCUACAAGUGUCUGACGACCGAUCAUGGGUGUACACUGCCAGUCGCUCAAUGUCCACUGGGAUCCAGCUCACCCGUGACCCGAAUGAGGAUAAGCUCUGUGAAAAAAAAUGUGUGCAUUGAUGAUGACAAAUGCCUUCUUAACCCAAACAAGCUCUAUGUUCUUGCAUUCUCGAGCCAGGAAUGAAUCAAGGAUUAGUACAGCAAAAUGAAGUUGUAGCGAGUGAAAGUGUGCAGAAUGUUUCUCGAUGUCAACAAAAAUCUGAUGUAUUUAACCAUAUCAACCCGUAAAGCCGUCUUAUUUUUGUACAUAGAGUCCAGCACGUGUUCUUCCUUAUCAAGGAUGUGCGCCAUUAAGAGAUUAAGAGCACAUUUUACAUCUGUUGCAAAACCAUUUGAGAGGAAUCCAACCUGGUUAUUGUAUUUUGUCAUUGCCGUGUCCAUGGUGAGGAUUGUAUCACUGGAUUCAUGCUGGGGGGGGGGGGGGGGGGGGGGGGUGUUAUUUUUUUGUUUUUGAGGUUCAUACCAUUUCCUACCACAUUCCAACACUAUUUAAAAGCGGUGUAUUUGUUCUCAUGAUCUGUAGUGGUCACUAUAACUUGAACUCGUAGCCAAAAUGUGAACAGGAGACUUUGUCAGAAGGAGAAUCCACAGGCUGCCUGGAGUUCCUAAACUGAAAAAAAAUGGUUGUGUUUGUGUGGCACACAUGUUCGUGUCCAUCUUCAGCCAGCAGAGCAAACAGCUGACUACUUAACCUUGGACCAUGUCCACACUGACAGCGGGUAUUUUUUGAUAAUAUAUAUUGGUGUGUUUAUUUUAGCCUAUUGUCCAUACACAAUAGGCUAAUUGUUAUUUAUCUAAAAAUGGACGUUUGUGCCUGGACUUUCCAGAAUUAAUUGUGUACACAACCUGUCGAUUUUCUUUUAAGAUUGUAUAAUUUUUUUUCAUCCUAUUUAUUUAUUUAUUUAUUUAUUUAUUUAUUGGGUGUUUGUGUCCCUUCUACCGGCUUGUGUGGUGAUUUUUAUUUUUUUAUAGUCCACCAUUUGUUAACUGUGCAUGACGUUUUUGUCCAUAGGUGAUCAUUUUCUGCUUUUUAAAAUACUGUACACUAUUGGCUGCAUCGCCUCGUAUUUUUGGAAAAUAUAAUUUUUAUUUUUAUUUUUUUUGUUACUUGAUUUGCUGUCGUUUCUGUGCCUUUUCUUGAAAUGACGGCCUUCAGACUUCUAAUUGGCCCAAAUGGCCUUCUAGUUUGGGGUUAAUGUGCUAGCUGCUGCUUUUGGCAUGCUCUUGACAGCCCUAGAAUGCAUUUUUCCACUUGCCAAUUAGUUUUGCUUAACUGGCCAUCAUGUUUUUUUUUGGGGGGGGGGGGGUCUUUUUCUGAAGUGACUUUAAGGUUCCGAUUGUCCAAAAUUGUCUUUUACAUCAGGCUGAUAGUAGAUAGUAGCUAAUAUCUUGAACUUUGUGUUUAGUCUCAUUAGUUUUAAUUUUGUAUCUUUUGUGGAUAAAAAAAGAUGAAAAAAUACCCGCCUAUGUGUGCACAUAGCCUUAAUGUCAGUGUAUAACAGCCUCAUAUGUGCCUGAGAACAUUCGCCCGAAACAGUUGCCUCUCGAGCCAGAAUUUCCUGGACGAGAGUUUUCGUCUUGAAUAUGUUGUAUAAAGCGUACAAAAUAUGUACUUGUUCAUAUUUGCAUUCAGUCACAAUGCUCGUCUUACUUUGACUAACGUGUGUUUACGUGAUCAUUAAAGAAAGAUCACUUGUCUUUUU